AUGAACUACACAGAAGCCAGCUCCUCUACCCAAACCAAUAAUUGGUGUGUUGAAAAAAAAAUUGCUGAUGGCACGAUUGUCUCUGAUGAAAAAUUCGUCUUCUUUCUCACUGAUUUUGUCAUGGACUCUGUGGUUUUACAAAAGAAGUACCCAAACCAUUACUUGUGGAUAAGUGAAAUAUUUUCAACAAGCCUAUACCAAGAGUUUGAAGCACAACAUUCUGGUGCCAUCGGUGAAUCAACCGAGAAGUUUCAAGUGAGUGACCAUAUUCAAGUUGUUGCACCAGAGAUAGCUGCUGCUAUGCGAGCCAGAUUUGAUGCAAUAGUCAGAUCCUUCAAUACAAUGCAAGCCCAAAACCAAUUUGAAUUUGCAAAUGCCAGAAGCAUAGGCCUAGAGACUAGAAAUGUACUAGUUGAAACCUUUUUACAAGCUUCGUUUCGUCUAUGCAAUGAUCCUUCUCAAAUCCAACAAUGCCUUGAAAAUGUCUUACAGACACAAUCUCCCGCGUCCUCUGGCUACACUGCUCCUUCUGUUCCCUCUGUUACUUCUGCUUCCCUUGGUCCCUCAGUCCCGUCUGCCCUGUCUGCUCCCUCAAGCUUUACCCAAUUGGAACGGCUUGCUAGAGAAAGACAUUUGACAGAAGAAGAAGUUGCUCUGCUUGUUGAGAAUAAGCGCCGUGAUUUAAAGAUAUCUUUAAAUGAACUUGCAAAAAGAAUUGCUGAUAGCAGCAUUACCUUCUAA